UGUCUCAUACCAUAUUUCAUGUCUGUUGCUCUUUUCUUCUCUUCUUCUUCUUCUUCUACCCUUCAAUAUUAAUAUUCCGUGCAAAAACCACCAACAACAACAUCACCACCAACAAGAAGAACAAGAUUGGCGUUAUGGGUCUCUUCCUUUCUAGGAAUUUGGCUUGCAAAUUCAUAUACCCUUUUCUUUUCUCCAAGAAGGUUUCCAAGGAUUUGUUUCCCAAGCAGUUGGAGAACAUGAUGUCUCUGAUCUCUCCUCGUACUGGCAGGCAUUUGCAGCGCUAUGACAAUGGCUGUCGCCAAGUUGUGGGAUGCAUUCCUUAUAGAUACAAGAACAAUGGUACACAGGAUAAGGAAUUGGAGGUUCUUGUGAUUAGUGCUCAGAAGGGUCAUGGAAUGCAGUUCCCAAAGGGUGGUUGGGAAACUGAUGAAUCCAUGGAACAAGCUGCUUUAAGGGAGACCAUAGAAGAAGCUGGAGUUGUUGGCAGUGUUGAAAGUAAACUGGGAAAAUGGUAUUACAAGAGCAAACGCCAACCCAUAAUGCAUGAGGGAUACAUGUUCCCUUUGCUUGUUAAGAAGGAAUUGGAUAACUGGCCAGAAAUGAACACAAGAAAACGAAGAUGGAUGACUGUGGAUGAGGCAAAAGUAAUAUGCCCUUAUGCUUGGAUGAAGGAGGCUUUGGAUGAAUUGGUCAGAAGACAAACUCAACUGCACUCCAAAAAGGAUGGGGAUAUGAGUAGGUUGUAAAUUUGUAAUAGCGUGUUUGGUUCCACAUCACAGAUUUGUUUUUUCACGCUUAGUCAGAAACUAAUGCUUACAGCUUUUUCACAUCCCAAACGUGAUUUCUCACUUCUCAAAAAAAUUCCAAACAUGCACUUAGUGUCUUGCUUUUGGAAUCUACAAAGUGGUAGAACAAAAGCACUCAUAAGCUGUUGUUAGGGCAAGAGAAAUUAAGUCUAGUCAUUAAGAGGAGGGAAAGUGCAGUUCAAGGUGUGCCCACAAUUUGUUCCUCCCUUGAGUUUGUUUGUUCCUCUCUUCAAAUUGGCUAUAGUCUGAAAGUUCUGCAGCAGAUUACGGAUUUGUAGGGGCGUAGUUGAGAUCUAGCCAUAGAGAUCAGUUGUAGAUUGUACAAAAUCAAUUCAUUCUUUCAUUCAUUUGAUUCUUUUGUAAUGUAAUGUAUGUAGGCCAUGUGUAGAAUACAUUAUUCUUCCUGUACUCAUAAAAUUAUUAAAAUAAAUAAAAUCUUCCAUUGAGACUGAAAACUA